UAAAAAAAAGAAAAAGAAAAUAACAGAAGAAGAAGAAGAAGUAGGCAAAGUAUCAAGAAGAAAGAAGAAAAACGGCAGAUACCAAAAUGGCGCUGUUGUCGUCGUAGGAGGCGCUGAUGUCGUUGUAGGCGCCAUUGUGAAACAAGAAUUGUAACGAAGUAAGAAGUUAGAAUCGAAUAUAGUGUUGGAAAAAUAAAAAACAAAACAAGAGAGAAUAAAAUUAUAAAAAUAAGGAUAAAUCAGAAGAAAAUAAAAAAAAGAAAAAAGUAUUAAGAAGAAGAGAUAAAAGGAGAAGAAGAAAAAAACAAACAAACAAAAGAGUGCCAGGUCAAAAUGGCGCUCUUGUCAUAAGUGGUGAUAGGAGGGAGUUAUGGUGGUUCGCACAUGCAAUGACUGUGGCCACAGCAGCCGUGGCAGUGUGGCAUCGUGCCAACCUCUACAAGGCAAUGGCUUGUGUCGUCCUAGCGCUCAUUGCCGUUCAGUAUCUUCUCAGUGGGGUACUGGAUCGUCGAUCAAUCGAGACUAUUUUCACCAUUAAUGCUACAAGGUAUGCAGAUCGAACGUAUAGAAAUCAUCCACGUGGAUUGAUAAUAUACGGUCCAGCUACUGUCAAAAAUAUUUUCGGAAAUAAUAAUAAUAAUGAUAAUAUCAGUAACAACGAUGUCUCAUCAUCAAAAAUAUUCGAAUCAAUUGGCAAAGGGAAUACCAAUGGAAGUGUUCUCACGAAUAAUAACAAAACUGAGACUCCUGUUGUUGAUACCGAUGCUGAUAGUGUUGGAAUAUUUCCGACCAACAAUAAUAACAACAACGUCGUCAUUGGUUUGCCUUCUGGAAGGCCUCAAUAUGCUUCGAAUACCACGAAUAACACGAUGAUGCAACAAUGUCCAUUGGUAGCACCAAAUCUCGUUGGUCCAAUUGCAGUUAGUAAAACACCACCAGAGAUGUCAGUCAUGGAAAAAACAUUUACCGAGGUGAAUCCAGGUGGUAAAGGAUGUCCAAAAACUUGUAUAGCCAGACACCGUGUAGCCAUAAUCAUUCCUUUCCGUGAUAGACCACAACAUCUUCAAACUUUACUCUUCAACAUUCAUCCGAUACUUUUGCGUCAACAAAUCGAUUAUCAAAUUUUUGUGGUUGAACAGGAAGGUACCGGCGCGUUUAAUCGUGCGAUGUUGAUGAACGUUGGUUACGUCGAAGCAUUGAAGGAAAGAACCUUCGAUUGUUUCAUUUUCCACGACGUCGAUUUACUUCCGGAAGACGAUAGAAAUUUGUAUACCUGUCCGGAACAACCCAGGCACAUGUCAGUCGCCGUUGAUAAAUUCAGAUACAAGCUACCAUACGCUGAUCUUUUCGGUGGUGUUUCUGCAAUGUCUCGAGAACAUUUCAAGCUGGUCAACGGGUUCAGCAAUGUCUUCUGGGGUUGGGGUGGUGAGGACGACGACAUGGCUAACCGUAUAAAAGCUCAUGGUUUACAUAUAUCACGUUAUCCUGCAAAUGUAGCUCGUUACAAGAUGCUAACACACAAAAAGGAAAAGGCUAAUCCAAAGAGGUACGAGUUCCUCAGAUCAGGGAAGAAAAGAUUCGCUACUGAUGGUCUUAGCAAUCUACAAUACGAGCUGAUCAAUAAACAAAAGCCAAAAUUGUAUACGUGGCUUUUAGUACGACUUACACCACCACAGCCUAGCUGAUGGCUACCAUGGAUCGGUUAAAUUAUUACGGAAGUUCCUUAGGUUUUCCAUAGGUGUUUCCAGUGAGACAUAAAACAAAACAAAAUAAACACGCGCGCGCGCACACACACACACAACACACACACACAGAGACUAUAGUUUCUUUUUUAUUUUUAUUUUUUUGUUCAAAAAAAAAAAACAAAAAAACACAUUCGAUUUUUAAAACUGAAAAACACUCGCGACCACAAGUGGAAACGAAAUAUUUAUGACGCGCGUGUAUAUGUGUAUGUGUGUGUGUUAUGUGUAUACAUAUUUGUGUGUGUGUGUA